GUGACUGCUUCAGCCGUGGCAAUCAGGUCUCGUCUCCAGCCCGCGGACCCCGGAGCCCGGACCGACUUCAUCUGCACUUGGAUUUCCAUUCACAGUUCGUUGCGCGCCGCCUGCUUCUGCGCAUGCGCCCACUUUCCUUUCCUCAAAAGUGAGAGUUCUUGUCACUUGUGCCUUGUGCCGUACAGUCAUUGUACCACCGUGUAGUGCAGUGCCACCGUACUUGUGUCUCUCCAAGGAUCUUGUGACUUACAGAUUUUUCCCCGGUGUAGAAUCUUGUUAGCCAGUCAGGAAUUAUUACGUAUUUAAGAUGUUGGGGCUCGUAUUAGCUGGGCUCUUCGUGGGGGCCCGGGCAGCGGACGCCCCCGCAGCCAUGGCCGACUGCCCUUUCGACGUCUCCAACCUGGAGACUGCCGCGGCGACGCCGCCCUCGGAGACUUCUCUCUACGGCGGUCAGAUCGACUUCAGCGUCAACCUCUUCAAGUCCAUCGUGGAGGCCAAUAAGGGUCAAGCCAACGUCUUCCUCUCGCCCUACAGCGUCUUCGACGCCCUCCUCCUCACGUACUUCGCCUCCGCUGGCAGCACUGAACAGGACCUCAAGAAGGUUCUUGGUCUUCCGGAUAACUAUGACAAGGGCCGCGUGGUGCGGGAGUACAAGAUGAACGCGUUCCUCAACUCGAUCCGGGGCCAAAACGCGAGCAGCCAGGAACUGGCGAGCGCGAACCGGAUGUUCCUGAGCUCGGAGCUCCCCGUGCGGGAGUGCAUGAAGGGCGCCUUCAAGGAGGAGUUCGUCCCGCUGGAUUUCCGCGCCGACCCGGAGGCCGCCCGCAAGACCAUCAACGACUGGGUCGCCGCCACCACCAAGAACAACAUCCUCGAUUUCCUCCCCCGCGGUCUCAUCGACCCCGACACCAAACUCGCCAUGGUGAAUGCUGCCUACUUCAAAGGGCUGUGGCAGUCCCAGUUUCUACCAGAAUCAACCAAGAAAGAUACCUUUUACAAGACACCUGAUACAAAAAUGAACGUUGAAAUGAUGAUGCAAAAAGGAACUUUUAACUAUAUGGAGUCCAAACAACUGGGUGCCCACGUCCUGGAGCUGAAGUACAAAGAUGAUCAAAUAAAGAUGUUUGUCAUCCUGCCGCCAUUCAUCGCCCCCAACGCCAUCCAUGAUGUCAUCGACAGGCUCGACUCCGACAUCCUCAAGGAGAUCGUCUCUCUCAAGUCCGCUCGGUCUAGAGAGGUUCAACUCUACUUCCCAAAAUUCGCUGUCGAGCUCGAAAUCGAACUUCUCCAUCAUCUGUCGCAAAUCGGGGCAGGAGAGGUGUUCUCAGCAGCAGGCAAUUUCUCCGGUCUCGUCAAGAGCGGGAACGUGAGGUUGGGCUCGGCCCUGCACAAGGCCAAGGUGGAGGUCAACGAGAAAGGGACGAAAGCCGCCGCGGCCACCGCCGUCGUGUCCUUCCGCUCGGCCCGGCCCUUGGACUCCCUCGUCUUCAAGUGCAACCAUCCCUUCGUCUACCUCAUCUACGACAAGAUCCAGAACGCUGUCCUAUUCGCCGGUGUCUACUACUCGCCCACCAAGAACUGAGCAACCAUCGGAUCCAAUCGGGAUCUAUCAUUGUUAACGACUCACCGAGAUAAAACUACGAUCCGUUACUGACGCAGCAAGAAUAACGCAGUAUGCACAUUCAUCAGUUCUCUUGAACGAGAUUUUUUUUUCAAGACCUUCCUGGGAAUUUUAUGCUCCUAAUUUUUCAGGAAAUUUAAUGGAGGGAGGGGGGCGGAUACACCAAUUUUUCAGAAAUACGCAAGUAUCUAACUAGGGAUGUGGCAAUGCGCGGACGAUCAUACAACGGUUUUACUUAAAACGUCAGCUUUAUUACAGGGAUACGGAACGGUGGUUUUCUGGUUAAUUUACUGUAAUUCUCAACGAUUUUACCGUGUGUGCGUUUUCAAAUAUCGAGAAUCAAGCACCAAAAAAUAACUAAUACUCACAUAAAACUAUUUCUAUUGUAGCUCACGAUGCUUUUGCUGCACUCACUCACUAACAUGCAAGAGAGAUGUAGCAAAAUUACUGUCGAACAAAUAAAGUCGAGGUCAAUUGCAGUGAAUUUACAGUAAAUAUAUCGCUAAAGUACCACAAGGAGCGGCACUGCUGUAGUUUAACCGUAGUUUCUUCCUAAUAUUUUGGUAGCGAUCUCAAUGAGCUGUUUCAACGUGAAAGUUGUAAUAUCAAUUGUGUGAUUACAUUGGAUUUAAUCCUACUACAAUUGCAUGAGGUUUCGCAUCUUUUUGAUUAGAGGAGCUAGCUUGCCGUAUUCAUCCAUGCGAGAGAAUUGUAGUUUUCUUUGCGAGAGUAUUUGCGCAGUCGUUAUCAUGUUGCAAAUAUAUACCUGUUUUCCAAACAAGAUUAUCUAAAAAAAACUGAUAAUAGAACACUCUUUCAUUAUUUAUUUUUGUUUGAUGAGACAUACAGCUCUAUGAGUGUGGAUUUCUCGUGAAGUUCAGGGUUUGAUGGUUGUGGAAGAUUUCUCGAUGGUGAUUAGUAAAUCGGAACGCUGUAACUAUGGAUGAUGAGGUUGAAUUUUUGGUUACGUCAAUGAAUUCUCCCACCUAUUUUAACGGAUGACAAUUUCCUAAGAAUACCAAACGAGACUUAUCCGGAGAAAAAUGGUACCAACAUGGCAUACGAAAAAAGGACUCACAUACUCACUCAAGUUAUUAUUGUACAACGGAGAGACUUGCGAGAAUUUAAUUUAUUUAUAUAUAUAUUGUUUUUAAUGUGCUUUACGUCUUGCAUUAAGUGAAAUAUCUCUGUGCAAUAUCAAUGCUCUUCUCAAAACUUGUGUUAAAUCUAUAUUUUGUUCAGGCAAUACCGAAAUUUUCGGAAAGGAGCGCCAAAAGAAAAAAAUCAGAUUACUUAUCAUGAUUCGUUGUGAAUUAUAUACUAAGAUUGGGGCAUGUGUUUAAGUAUAUAUUAGCACAAUAUUACGCUUACCUGCUCUUAUAUUAUUUUUCAUUCUUGAGAGAUCUGAAGGAGUUAGUGCCUGACAGGAAAUAUCGUAUUUAAAGGGCACCAAGAACAAAUUUUAGGGAAUUUUAUUACCCCUUUUCACCUUCCUUUCGAGACGGGAAACAUAGUUUAGACCUCCUCGGUUGUCUCAUUUUUAUUGGCUCUUUGCCAGUUAAGAGAGAGUUAGAGCCAUAGGCGGAUCCAGCAAUUUGGCAACACCGGAUUCCCUCCAUUUAAACCCAUGUUAAUUAAUCGAUUCUCGAAGGAGCUCCUGGCCUCUCCGGGAAUCGAUCCAUUUCCAUAGGUUUCAAUGGAGAAAAAACAAUGUUAUUACCAUUUCGCUGGAUCCGCCAAUGGUUAGAACGUAACCAAUACUGCAGCUAAAAGAGGGAUAACUAUUCUCGAGGGAGCAGGCAAAACCAAACGUAUUUUACAUAUUUUUAUAUGAUUUUUGUCAAAAAAAAAUGAUAUUUUUUAAAAAAUUUGCUUUGCUGAAUUCAACAUUUGUCGGAGCCAGGGAGCUCAUACCGUCGCUCCUCUGACGUUUGUCUCUAUUUCCACAUGAGCCCCAGAAAGCAUGGAUUUGCAUGUAAAACGGGGCUCACGUGACAAUCUAGGUACGCCCUCUCGUCACAGGAACGACGAUACUUCUCCUUGCGCACGAUUCCCAGGAUGCCGCAACGCCGAGAAGGGCUCCUGCGCCACGUUCAUAUCUGAAGAGUAUUGAAACUGCAAUGAAAGACUGUUUCCUUAAGUUUCUACUCUUCAGCCUUUACUAAUAUUUUCAGAGGCAAUCCCUCUUUGAUUCCGUACCGUAUAUCAGCCUCUUUGGGAAAAAACAGACUAGUCAUGCAUUUAUUUAUAUUUUAAGUUAUCUGUGUAAGCUAAAUCUAUGAUGAAAAAAUACAUUUAUGUACUUAAUAAAA